CUGUGCCCCGAUCCCGGGGGGACCCACUUCCUGAACCGGCUGCGCCUCGAACCAGGAGGGACCCAUGCCUGAUCCCAGAGGAAUCUGAUUCCCGAACCAGCUGCAACCCAAACCGGGAGGGAUCCGCUUCCCAAACCUGCUGUGCUCUGAUACAAGAGGAACCUGCACCCCAAAGCAGCUGCUCCCUGAAGCAGCUGCACCCCGAACCAGGAGGAACCUGAACCCCGAACCGGCUGCACCCUGACCCAUGAGGGACCCAUGCCCCAAACCUGCUGAGCCCCGAACCAGGAGGGACCUGUGCCCCAAAGCAGCUGCACCCUACUCCGGCUGCACCCCGCACCCUUGAGCUGCGUGCACCCCAAAUCAGGAGGACCAUGCACCCUGAACCAACUGUGCCCUGAACCCGGAGGGACCCGUGCACCCCGACCUGGCAGCGCCCCAAACCGGGAGAUACCUGCAGCUACACCCCGAACUGGGAGGGACUUGCGCCGCGGGGCCCAUCCGGCUGUGCCCGCAACCGGUCCAGCGGUGCUCCGAAACGGCCAGUGAUGCCCUGAACCGGGAGGACCUGCGCCUUGCUCCAGCUCUGCCCCGAACCGGGCUGGAUAACAUGGAUAACACCCUGCCCGUAGCGGGGGAGCUGGAGCGCCGGUGGCUGCACAACGCCUCGCUCAACGAGUCCUACGCCAACCAGUUCGUGCAGCCGCCCUGGCAGGUGGCCCUGUGGGCCGUCGCCUACGCCCUCAUCGUGGCCGUCUCGGUGGUGGGCAACGUGGUGGUGAUGUGGAUUAUCCUGGCCCACAAGCGGAUGCGCACCGUCACCAACUACUUCCUGGUGAACCUGGCCUUCGCCGAAGCCUCCAUGGCCGCCUUCAACACGGUGGUGAACUUCACCUACGCCACCCCGCCGUGGCUUUGCGCCAGCGGUUCGGAAAAGUCCCUCCGCUUGAAGGCGGGCCGUGCGCUCCUUCGGCGGCUCCUGGCCGCGACGCUGCGGCAAAAGAAGCUCGUCCCUGAAUUGGGGGGGCAGUUUCGGAGUCGAGGGCGGAAGCUGGUGCCGGGGCAAAUGCCUCCUUUUGCUGUCUGCGUUGCGCCCAUGCGUUUUUUUCUCGAGCCUCAUCUGCUCUCGCUCCGCCGCAGGUACAUGGCUAUCAUCCACCCGCUGCAGCCCCGGCUCUCGGCCACCGCCACCAAGGUGGUCAUCGGCGUCAUCUGGCUCCUGGCUUUCCUGCUAGCCUUCCCCCAAGGCUACUACUCGGUGACGGAGGAGCUGCCGGGCCGGCUGGUGUGUCUGGUGGCGUGGCCGGAGCACGACGCCAACGCCUACGGGAAAACGUAUCACUUCUGCAUGACUGUCCUGAUCUACUUCCUGCCACUCCUGGUGAUCGGAUGUGCCUACACUGUGGUCGGCAUCACCCUCUGGGCGAGCGAGAUACCCGGCGACUCCUCUGACCGCUACCAUGAGCAAGUGUCAGCCAAGAGGAAGGUGGUGAAGAUGAUGAUCAUCGUGGUGUGCACGUUUGCGCUCUGCUGGCUGCCCUACCACAUCUACUUCACUCUGCAGUACUUCAACCCCGAGUGGUACCUGCAGAAGUUCAUCCAGCAGAUCUACUUGGCUAUCAUGUGGCUGGCCAUGAGCUCCACCAUGUACAACCCCAUCAUCUACUGCUGCCUCAAUGACAGGUUUCGUGUGGGCUUCAAGCACGCGUUUCGGUGGUGCCCCUUCAUCAGUGCUGGUGAGUACGAGGGCCUGGAAAUGAAGUCGGCCAGGUACCUGCAGACACAGAGCAGCACCUACAAGGCGAGCCGGGUGGAGACCACCGUCUCCUUGGCGGUCGGCGUGGCCGACGAUGAGCUCGACGAGGGUAGCAAGGCCAAGCGCCUCUCCGUGGACAUGACCUCCAAUGGCUCCUCUCGCAGCGACUCCAAAACCGUCUCCGAAAGCUUCAGCUUCUACUCAAACACGCUCACCUAAGCGGUCCCCGUCCCUUCUCCCUCCCAGCGCCAUCGCCCUGGUUCGUGUCUCCGUGCCGUUUUCCCGUCUCUCGCUGCACUGACAACAGUGGGCAGCCCGAGAGCCAAAAAAAUCCCCCUUUGGAUUAAUUUUGGUGUGCUCCCUCAUGGAUCUUCUCUGAACACAAGGAAGGUUUUGCUGGCCAAGCUUUUUUGUCCUCCCCGUCACUCCUGGCUGGAUAUCCACAUGGGCAUAAUCCAGUGGAAAAUAUCCUUUAGAAAUUUGGGGGCCACAAUGCAAGUUUUCUGUGGGGACCGCAGAAGCCAGGGACAGGGUUUUGGUUGCAACUCAGAUUUUUGGUUGUUAUCUAGCAGUCGUAUGUGCCAAAAAAAAAUCUCAGUCAUUUCCUAAAGGGCCCAAAGCGGUGGAUUUUGCAUAGGUUUUGGAAGCCUGGGGAGGUCUGGAGGAGAAGAGACUAUACCGAAAUACAUGUUUCACAACCCCGAAACAGUGAGAGCUGCUCAGAAACAGGUGCAGCAGUUUUCCUUCAGAAAACUGAGUUUUGCCAACAUGAAAUGUUUGAUGGGUUAUGGAGGUUUUGCAGAAAUUUUUACUCAGUGGUGUGCCAAAAGAAGAAUCGCUUCUGCUUUCUGGAUUUUGUUUUCUGAGAAAUGUCUCUCUUUUCAUCCCCUUUUGUCUAAAGCUGUAAGUUUAUGACAUGUAUAUGGGUAUAUUUAAUAUUUUAGUUGCUGUGAUGUGGUUUCACUGGGGCCAUUCGCACCAAGCAGGACCCCUUUGCUUCAGAAGGUUUUGAAUCGCUCCGGCUAUCCCAAAUCGGGGUUGUUGCAGAUGGAUCAGGAAUUGUGCUGUGCGUCCAGCGGUGGAUUUCCACUUCAGGAAAGCUAACAGCUCACUGAGAAAUAAAGGCAUCGUUGUAGGGAGCCAAUACCUUUUUAUUAGGUAUUGGGACUUUGCUUCCCCAGAAAACCCUUGGGAUCCUUCAGCGAGCGGUGAAAGGGCUCCUUUGGUCUUAUGAACAUACACUCAAAAGGGCAGGGGGAAAGGUGUGCAAACUUGGCUUGUUGGGAACAAAAUCACAAGGGUUUGUGCUUUGUUAUUUUUAUUUUUUUAAAGCAUGUGAGUUGUUUCAGCAUGACAAAUUCUACUAAGAUGAAGGAAGUUGUGAACCUAGAUUUUUCACUGGAUAUAGCUUGGAUUGAAGGUUUGGCCCUCUGUGCUCAGCAGUGGCCAGGGAGGGAUCGCUGUGGCCGUUGGAUCAGGAGCCGCCGGCAACAUCUC